AUUUCUUUUUUUUUCUUUUUUUUUAUUCAUUUCUUUAGCUGCUAGCUCCUGCCUGAACUGUUCACCACAGACCCAGAGGAUUCCAGAAAAUCUCCAAAAAAGGGACGAUGAAAAUCCAUCACGUAGCUUGCUUGGAGGACAACUACUCAUACCUAAUUAUUGACGAGAGUACAAAAGAAGCGGCGGUUGUGGAUCCAGUUGAGCCUGAGAAGGUUCUGAAAGCAGCCCAAGAACACGGCGUCGAUAUCAAGCUCGUCCUCACCACUCACCACCACUGGGAUCACGCUGGUGGGAAUGAAAAGAUAAAGCAGUUGGUGCCGGUGAUUAAGGUGUAUGGCGGUUCUAUUGAUAAUGUGAACGGCUGCACCAAUAAGGUGGAAAAUGGUGAUAAGAUUUCGCUCGGGGCUGAUGUUCAUAUAUUGUGUCUUCACACACCUUGCCACACUAAAGGUCACAUAAGUUAUUAUGUGACUAGCAAAGAGGGAGAGGACCCAGCUGUUUUUACUGGAGACACACUGUUCAUUGCUGGUUGCGGGAAAUUUUUCGAAGGAACCGCAGAGCAGAUGCAUCAGUCACUAUGCGUAACUUUGGCUUCAUUGCCAAAGCCAACCCGAGUUUACUGUGGCCACGAGUACACUGUGAAGAACUUGCAAUUUGCUCAAACGGUUGAACCGGACAAUGCGAAGAUAAAGCAGAAGCUAUCAUGGGCACAGCAGCAGCGUCAAGCAGGCCUUCCCACAGUUCCUUCAACCAUCGAGGAAGAGAUGGAGACAAACCCUUUUAUCCGUGCCGAUCUACCAGAGCUUCAGGAAAGGGUCGGUUGCAAAACUGCCGUUGAAGCUCUUCGGGAGAUAAGGCAGCGGAAGGACAAUUGGAGGGGUUAAUUGACACUCCGUACAUGUCAUCUUUCUUUCGGUUUUUCGUUUCAACAGAAAUCGGACCUUAUAUAUGUAAAGACAAUGUCUUUUGUUAUUGUUACUUGUUGGUUGGACCAUGAAUGUCUGUAAAACAUAUGUCGACAGUCGACACCUAAAACGGUUCCUUUCCUUUUGAUGUAUAAUUAUUGGCUUUAUUAUUGUUGAUUUCGGCCAACCUACCCCAUGAGAGUGGGCAGGUAAGUUGAUUAUUGUUUGA